AUGUCAGAGCCAUAUAAGUGACGGCUUGCGAACAAUAAUUAUUGAGACUUGUUAGCAUCUUUUUGCAAUAUAUUUAGUCUUUAUUUUAUUGCUUUUUAAAAUACACUUAAAUAUAUAAACGCUUCUUUAUAGGUAAAUACUAUUUAAAUUUAACGCAAUGAAGAGGAGUUACGACUCAAUGAGUUCUUCUGUUGAAAUUAGUUCAUAUCGAGAUCAACAUUUUAAAGGAUCCAGAAGCGAACAAGAAAAGUUACUACGCGCGUCAUCAACACUCUAUAUUGGAAAUUUAUCAUUUUAUACUACAGAGGAACAAAUUUACGAAUUAUUCUCACGUUGUGGCGAUAUAAGAAGAGUUAUUAUGGGAUUAGACAAAUAUAAGAAAACUCCUUGUGGUUUCUGUUUCGUAGAAUAUUACACAAGACAAGAUUCAGAGAAUUGUAUGAGAUAUAUAAAUGGCACAAGACUGGAUGAUAGAAUUAUUAGAUGUGACUGGGAUGCUGGAUUUAUUGAAGGUCGCCAAUAUGGACGAGGGAAAACAGGUGGACAGGUUCGUGACGAAUAUCGUACGGACUACGACGGUGGACGCGGCGGCUAUGGAAAAAUAAUUGCCCAGAAGAUAACACCAAAUACUUUAGAACGUUGAUGUUCCUUUUAAGUGAGCUAUCUGGAGCUAAAUAUGAAAGACUGUAAUGGUAAAAAACAUUCAAUUGAUCUGGAUGGAAAUAGCAUGUUGUAAUAACAUUUUAAUUUUAAGUAAAUACUAUUGUUUGAAA